GAGAGUGUGAAGGGAGCUGUCUUGAGAGCGCAGCAUCACAGAAGAUAACACCACUGCAGAGGGUAUUGGCACAGCGCCUGACAGCUGGCGUUUCCUUGCACUUAGUCGUAAAUGGGGGAGUUUACUCGCUCAGAUUUCUCCAGCGCGUCUCGUCCUCUCUCGUUAUGUUUGGAAUCCUCCCAACUUGAUGGACUUCCCCAUCCCCUCUGCUGGCUCCUGCAGUAGAAGUCCGAGGACAACAAGGCAGAGGAGAGACAUGGUUGAGCUCCACGGGAGAGGGAUUUAACCCGGGAAUGUCUGGAUGUCUUCCAGCCAACACCAUGCCUUCAUUCUGUAACCACAUACGAUGGCUGGAUCUGGACAUCAUCAUUACCGAAAAGGCAGAUUUAUAAUAAGUGACUGGGACACACACCAUGGCCGCUGUGGAAGUGUUUCUCUCCGUCUUGAUGCUCGUCAUUAUAGUGGUGUCGCUGCUGUCCAACGCCGUGGUGCUGAUCUGCUUUCUGUACAACCCAGAGAUCAGGAAGCAAGUGCCCUGCGUGUUCACCCUCAACCUCACUUUCUGUAACUUGUUGCUGACCGUUUCCAACAUGCCCCUAACUCUGGCGGGUCUCGUCAACGAGGGUCAGCCUGGGAGUGACGCCUUCUGUCAGUUCGUCGGCUUCUCGGAGACUUUCUUAACGACUAAUUCGAUGUUGAGCGUGGCCGCUCUGAGCGUCGACAGGUGGAUCGCCGUGGUGUUUCCGUUGAGGUACCAUUCUAGAAUACGACAUAGAGAUGCAGCUCUCGUGCUCGGUUACACGUGGAUACAUUGCGUGUGUUUUUCGACGGCGGCGGCUCGUCUCUCGUGGGUGGGAUACCAUCCGCUUUACGCCUCCUGCACUCUCGUCGACGCGGCGGAGAACAGUCAGACCCCGUUUGUUAUCUUCACUGUGGUUUUUCACUCCCUCACCUUUCUCCUGUCGUUUCUAGUCCUGUGCGUCACCUACCUGAAGGUGCUGAAGGUGGCCAGGUUCCACUGUAAACGGAUAGACGUUAUCACGAUGCAGACUUUAGUGCUGCUUGUGGAUAUUCAGCCAAGUGUGCGAGAGCGCUGUCUGGAGGAGCAGAAGAGGAGGAGACAGAGAGCAACCAGGAAGAUCAGUACCUUCAUUGGGACUUUCAUGGUCUGCUUUGCUCCCUACGUCAUCACCAGGAUUGUGGAGUUAUUUCCGUCCGUUCCUAUCGACCACCACUGGGCAGUGGUCUCCAAGUGCUUGGCCUACAGCAAGGCGGCCUGCGACCCCUUCGUCUACUCCCUGCUCCGUAACCAGUACAAGAAGACGUGUGGUGACAUCAUCAACAGGCUGCUGAAGCCCAGCUCUAUGAAUGCAUCUGGACCAGGUCACCAUCACAACCAUGAGACUGAGGGGAGGAACAACACAGUCCAGACUGCAGCAGACUGAGGAAGAGGGUUGUGUUAUUGUCUAAGGGUUGAUAGUCUAUGUUCAAACUGAGGCCGGGGGUUGUGUUAUUGUCUAAGGGUUGAUAGUCUAUGUUCAGACUGAUGUAUGUGGUACUGUUAUUGUCUAAGGGUUGAUAGUCUAUGUUCAGACUGAGGCCGGGGGUUGUGUUAUUGUCUAAGGGUUGAUAGUCUAUGUUCAGACUGAGGCCGGGGGUGGUGUUAUUGUCUAAGGGUUGAUAGUCUAUGUUCAGACUGAGGCCGGGGGCGGUGUUAUUGUCUAAGGGUUGAUAGUCUAUGUUCAGACUGAGGAAGGGGGUGGUGUUAUUGUCUAAGGGUUGAUAGUCUAUGUUCAGACUGAUGUAUGUGGUACUGUUAUUGUCUAAGGGUUGAUAGUCUAUGUUCAGACUGAGGAAGGGGGUGGUGUUAUUGUCUAAGGGUUGAUAGUCUAUGUUCAGACUGAGGAAAGGGGUGGUGUUAUUGUCUAAGGGUUGAUAGUCUAUGUUCAGACUGAUGUAUGUGGUACUGUUAUUGUCUAAGGGUUGAUAUGUUCAGACUGAGGAAGGGGGUGGUGUUAUUGUCUAAGGGUUGAUAGUCUAUGUUCAGACUGAUGUAUGUGGUACUGUUAUUGUCUAAGGAUUGAUACUCUAUGUUCAGACUGAGGCCGGGGGUGGUGUUAUUGUCUAAGGGUUGAUAGUCUAUGUUCAGACUGAUCUCUCUCACUGGAUGUCAACGAAGGAUUUCUGGGAUAUGAUUCAGUGUAUUUCUGUGGUUAUCCAACCUAAUCCCGUCACACAGCGACCGAUACGUCCGUAGCAUGAACGUGCUGUUGUGAAGAAGAUGGAUGUGACUUGGGGCAGAUUUGUGUUGAGGCAGACUAACUCUCACUGAGAAAAAACAAUCCUCUUAAGGUGAUCCUACUGAGGAGAGGUAUUUGUGAGCCGUAAACACACUAGCAAUUCUAUGAUUGUCAGCAUGUGUACGCUUUCACAUUACCUGCAUUUGUAUCUAUAUCACUACACCCCAACAAGAGUUAUACGGCUGUCCCUAUAGGAUAACCCCUUUUUGGUUCCAGGAAGAACCCCUUUGUGUUCCAUGUUAAACCCUCUGUGGAACAGGGUUCUACCUGCAACCAAAACGGGUUCUUAAAAGGGUUGUCCAAUGGGGACAGCCGAAGAACCCUUUUGGGUUCCAUGUUAAACCCUCUGUGGAACAGGGUUCUACCUGCAACCAAAACGUGUUCUUCAAAGGGUUGUCCAAUGGGGACAGCCGAAGAACCCUUUUGGGUUCUUGAUACCACCUUUUUCUCUCCUAAGAUCGUAGGAGUAACGUCACAUAAAGAAAUGGAAGGUAUCAAUAGUUGUACAGUAUGUUUUAGUAUGUGCGCUGAGUUUGGGGGGGUACGGUGGCCCAAAGGGGCCAAAUAGCUUUGUAUGAAGGGAGUACCUCAGUAAGUGUUGUGGUGUUGAAAGGUAGCACUAAACAUAGCACCAAAGGAGAGGAUACAAUCUGAUUAUUACAGUGAUGACGACAUGUUAGGAAAACACAUUGAGGAUUGUUACCUCGGAGUUAGGCUCAGGUAUAUAUCUUUAGGCUAGGGGGUGGUAUUUUCAUGUCCGGAUGAAAAGCAUGCCCAAAGUAAACUGCCUGUUACUCAGGCCCAGAAGCUGGGAUAUGCAUAUAGUUAGAUUUGGAUAGAAAACACUCUAAAGUUUCUAAAACUGUUAAAAUAAUGUCUGUGAGUAUAACAGAACUGAUAUGGCAGGCGAAACCCCAAGGACAAACCAUCCAGGAUUUUUUGUUGUUGAGUUAACUGUGUUUUCUAUUUCUAUGGUAAACAAGAUUUAUGAGGCACCUGGUUGCAGUUCCUAUGGCUUCCACUAGAUGUCAACCGUCUUUAGAAAUUGGUUGAUAUUUUUCCUUUGAGAAAUGAAGAAGUGCGGCUAUUCAGAAUGAGAGUCAAGCCAAGUGGACUCUUUUGUUUGGGGCGCACGACCUGGCGCUCGCUCCACUUUGAUUUUAUCCGCUAUUGAACACAGUAUAUUCCGUCUUAAAUUUCAUCGAUUAUUUACGUUUUAGGAUACCUAAGGAUGGAUUAGGAAAGUUGUUUGGAUUAAGUUUACAGGUAACGUAUUAGAUAAUUUGUAGUCAUGUUGGGCGAAUUGGAACGGGUGUAUUUUCUGAAUCAAACGCGCCAAAUAAAUUGACAUUUUGGGGAUAUAACGAAGGAAUUUAUAGAACAAAAGGAACAUUUGUGAUGUUUCUGGGACAUAUUGGAGUGCCAUCUUCAAAGGUAAGGCAUGAAUUAUAUCGCUAUUUCUGACUUUCGUGUUGCACCUCCCUGGUUGAAAAAUGUUUGUCAUGCAUUUUUAUGCGGGGUGCUGUCCUCAGAUAAUCGCAUGGUUUGCUUUCGCCGUAAAGCCUUUUUGAAAUCUGACAUGGUGGCUGGAUUAACAAGAAGUUAAGCUUUAUUUUUAUGUAUUACAAGUUAAAUAUUUAUAGCAAUUUAAUUUGAAUUUGGUGCUCUGCCAUUUCACCGGAUGUUGUCAAAUCGAUCCCGCUAAAGGGAUUUGAUCCCUAAGAAUUUUUAAAACACAUUGAGGCUUGUUACCUGGGAGUUAGGCUCAGGUAUUUAAAACACAUUGAGGCUUGUUACCUGGGAGAUAGGCUCAGGUAUUUAAAACACAUUGAGGCUUGUUACCUGGGAGAUAGACUCAGGUAUUUUACUCUUGAUAAAAUACACUUCUACUGCUCUCAUCUUGAUCAGGUGAAUGGUCCCAUCAGCGCUUGUGAGCACGUCCUUACAGUAUUAGAUAGGGAGGACUGAGGUGUAGUCAAUAUUCUCUUCUGCAACAGAAGUCCUUAAACCCAUCCAUGGGUCCACAAAGACCGGUUCUGUCCCUGUCGUAUUUAAAUGCAGUGUUUAUGUAGCUCUCAUAUGCACAGAUAUGUCCCAAAUGGAACCCUAUGUACAUGUAACGGAUGUGAAAUGGCUAGCUAGUUAGCAGGUACGCGCUAGUAGCAUUUCAAUCAGUUAAGUCACUUGCUCUGAGACUUUAAGUAGGGUUGCCCCUUGCUCUGCAAGGGCCGCGGCUUUUGUGGAGCGAUGGGUAACGACGCUUCGUGGGUGUCAGUUGUUGAUGUGUGCAGAAGGUCCCUGGUUCGCGUCCGUGUCGGGGCGAGGGGACGACGUAAAGUUACAUCUGUUGCAUACAGCUAUGGGCCCUGGUCACACACACACACACCACACACACACACACACACACCACACACCACACAUACACCACACACCACACACACACGCACACACACACACAAUACAAGGUUGAAGAGGUCUUCUCUGUGGACUAGCCGAGGCCAAGCUCUGUCAAUUAUGUUACACUUGAUCAAAUAACCUGAGGGAAACACAACAGUCAGCCAGCCAGUUAACCAGUCAGUCAGACAGACAGUCAGACAGACAGACAGACAGUCAACCAGUCAGCCAGCCAGCCAGCCAAACAGCCAGUUAACCAGUCAGUCUGAAAGCCAGACAACCAGUCAGUCUGACAGCCAGUCAGACAGUCAGUCAGUCAGUCAGCCAGCCAGUCAACCAGUCAGACAGUCAAACAGCCAGCCAGCCAGCCAGUCAACCAGACAGUCUGACAGCCAGACAGUCAGUCAGACAGUCAGACCGACAGCCAGACAGUCAGACAGUCAGACAGACAGACAGCCAGACAGUCAGUCAGCCAGCCAGCCAGCCAGCCAGUCAGCCAGCCAGCCAGUCAACCUGCCGCCCCAAAGCCUCUUACCAACCCACAUACCCAGAGUAUUUACCCCACCCUUACCCAUCAUUACACUACCUACCAGUUCCAUCCCACCCUUACCCAUCAUUACACCACCUACCAGUUCCACCCCACCCUUACCCAUCAUUACACUACCUACCAGUUCCAUCCCACCCUUACCCAUCAUUA